CACCUUUCAGAAACCCACACGGCCACAAGAGCUCCACUUCUUCUCAUAAAUCUAUCGGCCCGGGGGAGAGGAAAAAAGUCCAAUGUGUAACAUUCCAAUUCGGCUUCUCGAGGGUCAGCCCGCCUCACGAGACCGCCUGAGAAGCCUUCCGAGGUUUAAAGGGUUUUCGAGAUUCGAUGUCUUUUUCAUGCUCUCUGCUGCCCUCCACAAGACCGACGGAGUUCUUGAGUCCAGCUGCCCAUAGGUUCAUCGUGCCCACCUCGUCCGUUCACGAGCCGAGGGGCAAAUGCCAGUUGGGUAGAAGGGGAUUCACGUUCAAGGGAAUUGUUGCUUCGGGAGUUACAGUGGCCGGCGGUGGCUCUUCCGUGAUGACCGAGCCCGCCAAAGGAGUUGAUAGGUUACCAUUUAAGCCGGAGGGGUACAAUUUCUGGACAUGGCGCGGACACAAGAUCCACUAUGUGGUACAAGGAGAAGGCUUUCCAAUUGUCCUGAUUCAUGGAUUUGGAGCUUCGGCAUUUCACUGGAGGUACAACAUCCCUGAACUGGCUAAGCGAUACAAGGUUUACGCGAUAGACUUGUUAGGAUUUGGUUGGAGCGAGAAAGCGAUCAUUGAGUAUGAUGCAAUGAUAUGGAAGGACCAAGUACUGGAUUUUCUGAAGGAGAUAGUGAGAGAGCCCGCAGUUCUAGUGGGCAACAGUCUUGGAGGUUUUACUGCUCUGGUCUCUGCUGCUGCUCUGCCUGAGCAAGUCGCAGGAGUCGUACUAUUAAACUCUGCGGGCCAAUUCGGGGACCCUAAUGCAAAGGUCUCUGAUCCCAAAGAAACUGUCCUACAGAAGGUGAUAGUGAAGCCUUUGAAGGAAAUUUUCCAGCGGAUCGUCCUUGGGUUUCUUUUUUGGCAAGCAAAACAACCUGCUCGUAUUGAAUCUGUCCUAAAAAGUGUUUAUAUAAACCCCUCAAAUGUAGAUGACUACCUCGUCGAAUCGAUUACAAGGCCAGCAGCUGACCCUAAUGCAGGAGAAGUAUACUACAGAUUAAUGACUCGGUUCAUGAUGAAUCAGACCAGGUACACCCUAGACAGUGUCCUCAGCAAGCUCUCUUGCCCACUGCUGCUGCUGUGGGGCGACCUUGACCCUUGGGUCGGCCCCGCUAAGGCGGCCCGAAUCAAGGAGUUCUACCCGAAUACGUCGGUCGUGAACUUGCAGGCAGGUCACUGUCCCCAUGAUGAAAUUCCCGAGCAAGUGAACAGGGCAUUGCUUGAUUGGCUAUCAACAAUUGCACCGGAGGCCUAAUUAGAAAACACUGAGUAGACUUUACUGUAGAUACAUUCUUUCGGACUCAAAAAUCAACAAGUGUGUCAAGUUCUAAUGCUGUAACAAUAUAAAUUAUCAUAGCAAGCUGAUACAUCUGUAAUUUUGUAUGUUGCAGUUGCUAUCGGAUGUAGAGAUCCCUUGUUCGAUAGCUCUCUUUAGGCAUCCGAUUCUUACUCAA